AUGAAUAAAAUGGAUGACCAAUUGGCCGAAUGCCGUGAGAUUUUUUGUUAUUUUGACUCGAAAGGAGAUGAAAAAAUAAAUGUGAAGCAAGUUGGUAAGUUAAAAAAAGAAGAGGUUUUGUUUAAUUGUAAAUUUAAAUAUUUGUUAGGUGAUGUACUUCGAGCUUUAGGUCAAAAUCCAACUGAAGCUGAGAUUCAAAAAUGUUGUGAAAAUUGGACUAAUCCGGAGGCACGUAUUUCUUUUGAAGAAUUUGUUCCCAUCUAUCAGGCAGUCAGCAAGAAUUCGGGACAAUUUACUAAAGAACAAUUCGUUGAAGGACUUUCUCAUUUUGAUCGAGAAGGAAAUGGGACUAUUGCUGUGGCUGAGUUGAAACAUUUGUUGACAACUUUGGGGGAACGUCUUAGCGAUGAGGAAGUUGAACAACUUUUGGCUGGUCAUGAGGUCGCUAAUGGUGGUUAUGUUAAUAUUGAAUCUUUUGUUGAGGCUAUUAUUCACCGGUAAAUAGUGAAAUAAAAAAAACUAAUAAUUUUUGAAAUAUAACCAGAAUUUGGGGAUAACUUUAAUUUAG